ACUAUUCUGUUCACCAGACUUUUUAUAUGUUCAGCCCGUCCAUUUCACGUCAAACGCCACCACCGCCUUUCAUAUCUUCCUGUUGUCUUUCUGCUGUCUCUCUUCCUUUUUUCCUCUCUGUUUCAUCAUCUAAAUUUCUGCUCAUUUGCUACUAUCAUUAUAAACUAGCUACUAGUACUCUGUAAUGGAAGAGCACAAGGAUAAAGAGAGAAAUGUAUCAUGGCUAUCGGUGCCCCAGUUCGGAGACUGGGAUCAGAAGGGAGCAUUGCCAGAUUACUCGCUUGAUUUCUCGAAAAUCAGAGAAAUGAGGAAACAGAACAAAAGAGAUCCUUCAAGAGCCAGUUUAGGUAAUGAGGAUGAUUUUAUCAAUCCAACUGCUCCUGCUAACAACAAAACCGAGGACGAACACCAUUUCACUCAAAAUCAGUCCCCGACUCCAAGAAAGAGGUUCCUCAGCUACUUCAACUGCUGUAUUAGAGCCUAAGUUGUCUUGGAAAUUAAAAUCGAGAACAACAAAGCUAUAACGACGAUCUAUGCUGUACGCGUGAACCUGUAUUUAUAUCUACUUGUUAUCCAGUUGCUUCCUGAUCUACUUUCUUCGCCUUUCACUGGGCGAUGGCCCAAUUUUGAUUGUAAUAUCGAAAAUGUAAUUUUCAUAGAUCUUAGUUCAAAGCAACAAGUAAAAUUACAUUUUCUUUACCAAAUUGGUUGUUUCUGAGUUUGCAAGCACGAGUAUUAUCUAAUUUGCUGUCCUUUUGUUGAUGCAGAAACAGUUUGUCAAAAAUUAAAGUAUGUAUUUAUCAGUAAUUUUUUUGUUCCAAUACCAUUUAUUGAGAAAUGAUUAUAACAAAUUAUUGUUAAUAAUU